UCCUCGACAAGACACGUCACACAAUUUUUAACAACAAAGGAAAAGCUAGAAAAAUUCGAUUUGAAAGUGAAAGGUUAUUUUUGUCAAAAUAACCUAAGCUACCCAAGCUUCUUUCGUGGAACAAAAUCACUUUCACUUUCGUUUUUUUUUUUUUUUUUUUUUUUUGCGGGACAACAGCGCAGGGACAAAACACCCAUUUCCUUAGAAGCUGCGUUAAUUUUUAGUGGAAAAGUGUUUAAAAUGUCGGCCUCUAUUUUGAUCACAUUGUGUGCUUUCUUCGUGGCUGGUGUGUCUGGUGUUUACACGGAUGGAGUGUCAGUGUCAGUGAAUGAGGGAGAAUCAGUCACUCUAUACACUGAUGUUACAACAGUCCAACAGGAAAGGAUUUCCUGGUAUUUUAAUGACAUUAAACUUGCUGAAAUCACUGGAGGUCAGAGUAAGAUCUGUACAGAUGUUCAGUGUGAUGGGAGAUUCAGAAGCAGACUGAUACUGGAUCAUAAGAAUGGAUCUCUGACCAUCAAAGACCCCAGACCCAAAGACACUGGCAUUUAUAAACUAAAGAUCACGAAAAACAGCAGAGACCUUGAAAAGAUCUUCAUUGUUACUGUUCAUGGUUUUUUCAGUACUGAUACAAAAGGAGAGUCAGCAUUCGUGAUGGAGGGAGAUUCAGUCACUCUACACACUGAUGUUAAAACAGACCAACAAGAAAAUAUUAGAUGGUACUAUUAUGACACUCGCAUCGCUCAAAUCAGUGGAGAUCUCAGUAAGAUCUGUACAGAUGUUCAGUGUAAUAAAGACACUGAGAGAUUCAGAGACAGACUGAAGCUGGAUCAUCAGACUGGAUCUCUGACCAUCACAGACAUCAGAGACCCGGCUUCAGGACUUUAUCGUCUACGUGUCAUCAGCAGCGACACCAUCACUGAAAAGAUCUUCUUUGUUGCUGUAUAUGAUGUUUCUGCAGCUGAACAAGAUGAAAUGAAGAGAAAGUCUGUGAAGAAGGGAGAAUCUGUUUCUUUAGAUCCUGGUGAAAUUAAAAACCUGAAUGAUUCGAUGACGUGGUAUUUCAGUGAUAUUCUCAUCGCUGAAAUCACUGGAGAUCCCAAUAAAACCUGUAAAGAUGGUCAGUGUGAAGACCCUGAUGGUCGAUUCAGAAACAGACUGCAUCUGGAUCAUGUGACUGGAUCUCUGACCAUCAUGAACACCAGCACCACAGACUCUGGAGAUUAUAAACUACAGAUGAACCGCAGCAGAAUCAGUCUCAUAAGGAUUUUCAGUGUAAUUGUCACUGAUUCAGGGGUGUCUUCAGCUGCUAAAGGAGGAGUAUUUGCUGUGGUUGUUGUUGUUGUUGUUCUGUUGUUUACUGCUGCAGCAGUUGCUGCUGGGAUUUACUAUCGUCACAGGAAGUCUACACAAGGACGAAAUGGCAUCAUCAGGCUACACAGAUACAAUGAGGGGAAUGGUGCACUACACUCAGAAUGGGGUUUAACUGAUGACUGCUGAUAAUGGGACAUCACAGUAGCAGUAGUUCAUAUUUGGGCGACUUGAAAUGUAAGAGAGGAGCAAAAAAAAAGACAAGAUUGAACUGUGAGCCUUUACUGAGAAGAGGUUCUACUCCAGACCAGUUCUGAUGUUUGAUGGUUUGUUUUAAAUGUUUUAUAUUUUAAAUAUGUAUAAUAUUACACAUUAUUCCUUCUAUUUUGUUUCAACAAAUGUGUAUAGUUUUGUAAAGUUUGUGCAUGCACUUUCUUUCAGUUCUGUUGCCUUAAGGUAAAGUUCACUACUUUAUUACUUUACAUUAUCUGUCCAUUAUAGAAAUUUCAACUAGAAAAUUAAAAUUUGUGUUGUUAAUAUAGAGGUUUGUUUUGUCAGUCUCCUUCAGUUAUGUUUAAAAAACAUGAAAUAUGUCUUUUGUUUUUGUUCAUUUUUGUAUUUUCUUUUGUUGUAUGCUUGUGUUUGAAUGUUAUGAUAUAAUCACUGUGUGAUUGAAAUAAUCACCUUCUCUUAAAUCUUCUGCAUGCUCAGUCUAUCACCUCAUUCCAGGACAGAAAUAAUAUGUUUGACACCUGUUAUUAAUAUCAUCUGUUUGACUCAACAAUGGUAGACCUAAUUGUGCAACCGUCUAUUAUUUCUCAGGUUUAUCCUGUUUGAUGUGGAUCAUGAGAUCUGUUCCCAGAGAUUUUGUAUUUUUUAUUAUCCAAGGAAAACAACAUGUAUUCCAUUUUUUGACAACUGUUUUGUACUGGAGAUUAAUGUGAAUGUUUGUUUGCACAUAUGACAUAUGUUAUUAAAUAUACUGUACUAACUGA